GGUGACACCGAAGCCACUCAGACCAAUGCACGCAAAGUGAUUCCCGUCUUGCCUGACGCGAAGGUAUUGAUGUGCUUCUUUCAUGUUUUGUACAACGUGAGAAAACGCAUUCACCACUUCUCACGUGAAGGCCGACAGCUUAUUAUGUCUUCAGCUACGGACAUGCACUUCUGUGAGAUCACCAAUGAAUAA